UCUAAGUCAUACGAUUCUCUCUCUCUCUUUAGUUCGAUCUAUUCUAAGACAAGAACACUAGGAUUAGAACACGUUAUCAGCACGAGACUCUAAACCCUAGCUAAAAUUUAGCGACCACAAAAACCCUAAUUUCAGCCGCAACUUCAAACCUCCAUAUCUCCCUAACCGUAAGGAUCCAGACGGCGAGUAAUAUAUCAAAUUGAAGCUCUUGAUGAGAAGAAUCCAUCGCCGCAGACCACGCAUCAAUCCGACUCCAGACGCGCCGUCACCUCCCAGUGCAAGCCGCGCCGUCAAAGAUCAUCCAAAACCCUAAUAGCCGCCAACUCCUUAUCUCUCUUAAUUUCGAUAUCUAUUGUUCUUUGAUCUCAUACUAAUCCAACUUUGAAACUUUCAUUGUUGAUUAUUCAAGGUUUCUAAAAGAUGAACCAAGGAGAAAAGAUCGGCAAAGAUUAAGAUGUCGAGACUCCAUCACUCGGAUUACCCAGCCCUUGAUCUCAAUGGAGACAAUUACCUUGAUUGGGCGAUGAACACUUCAGCCGAUUUAAAGUCUAAAGGACUUGGGAAGUGUAUCAAAUACGGCAAUGAUACCCUUGCAUAUGAAAGGCGUAGAGCUGUUUUGAUGAUGAGAAAGCAUCUCGUGAAGGAUCUGUAUGAUGAGUGCAGUUACAUCAACGAUCCUUACGAUCUCUGGUCGAGAUUGAACACCAUGUUCUUCGAGCCAUUACUAGAUGAGUCCAUGAAAAAAUGGAAGGCUCUGAGGUUUCAGGAUUAUGAGUCCGUGGAUGACUAUCACUUUGAUCUUAUGAGAAUCACCUAUAGUCUUAAACUAUGUGGUGAAGUGAUAACAAACUAUGACUUGUUAAGCAAGACUCGUGACACGAUCCAUUCAAAGGAAGUGUUGUUAUCACAGAAGGCUAAAGGUUUCACAACCUAUUACGACCUUCUCUCAUACCUUUCAGCUCUUGAGGAAAAGAAGCAGAAAAGGAAAGUCAACCUCGACAAACUCGACUAUGUUAUGGAGAUCAGUGCCGAGUAUCAAUGUGAGAUGAUAUACGGUGAUGCUGAAGAAGCUAAGAAAAGAAAAUUCGGGUGGACUCAUAUAGAUGAUGAGAUUGGUUUAUUCAUUGAAUAGAGAACCAAAUGUGAGCCACGUCCAAGAUGUUAUUAUGGACUGGCCGGCUAUUGUUUAAGCCUUUUGACAUUCUGAUUUCAUACUUAUGAUUUGGUGUUUUGUUUUAAAUAUAAUUUGUCAUUCAAAUUUCAUAGCAUUAAUAAAAGUUUUUCUUUUAUCUUGA